AUGGAAAAUGGAACCAUGCCUUCAUAUUUUUACUUUACUUUGUUCAAGGAGUUUGUUCAUGUCAAAUAUUUCAUCCUAAUAUUGACAAUUACAGUUUAUUUAGCAAUUAUACUAUUGAAUGCCAUCAUUUUGUUUGUGGUGUUUAAAGAGAAAUCCCUUCAUGAGCCAAUGUACAUCCUGAUAUUUUGCUUGUCUGUAAAUGAUCUCUAUGGGUCAGCUGGUUUUUUCCCUAGGAUAAUGAUUGAUCUCCUUUCUGAUACAAAUACAAUUUCUAGGCCAGCGUGUUUUGUUCAGAUUUUUACAAUUUAUUCUUUUGCAAUAUCUGAAUAUACAAUAUUAACUCUGAUGGCAUAUGACAGAUAUGUUGCCAUUUGCAACCCUUUAAAAUAUCAUAAAAUUAUGACCUCAAAAGUAACAGCAUCAUACAUGGCAAUAGCAUCAGUUUAUUCAGCAUUUUCGAUGGGUCUUCUUAUUUUCUUCUCAGCCAGGUUGCCUUUGUGUGGGACUGACAUAGAUCGACUGUACUGUUCCAACUGGUCUGUGGUUCGGCUCUCUUGUGGGACUUCCACUUUGAGUAACAACAUACUUGGAUUCUUUGUCUCAACAACGACAGUUUUUCUCCCUGCUUUCUUCAUUUUAUAUACUUAUGUCCGAAUUUUGAUCAUUUGUCAAAAAAGCUCCAAAGAAUUUAGGGGCAAAGCAUUACAAACAUGUCUUCCUCAUAUUAUAAGCUUUCUGAACUACUCUAUAGCAUCGUUUUGUGACAUUGCUCUAAGUCGGUCUGAUUCAGACAAAUACAAGAUUGUGGGUAUAUUUUUUUCAGUGGAAUUUUUGAUUAUUCCACCUGUUCUCAAUCCUCUUAUUUAUGGUUUAAAUUUGCCAGAUAUUCGCAAAAACAUUUCAUCCUUGUUCCAACGGUCAAAAAUUGUGCAUUUCUCAUGA